AUGAACCUCAGGAGUACCGAGCGUCACCCGGAAACACUCAGAGCAGUCGAAAGUAAGAAGGAAGAGAGCUUAGUGACGAAUCCUGCUGAGCAAGCGCUGGACGAAGAGAAAGAGAACAAGGAGAAUGAGAAGAGCAGCUCAAGUCAUGAUGAGAGUCCAAAAAGACAGAAAGCAGCAUCCGCAGGAAGCUCUGGUGCCGUGAGCGUCAGGGGUCUCGGUAAUCUGGGAAACACGUGCUUCUUCAAUGCAGUCAUGCAGAAUUUAUCACAGACGCAGUUUUUGCGAGAAUUGCCGAACCAGAUCACAGAUGAGAAGAGCUGCUUCACCAUCACACCUGCACUGUCAUCUGAGCUGGGACCUCUUCAGGUCCAGCUGGAAAGGCCCGGGUCGCUCACGCUGGCUAUGUGUCAGUUUCUGAAUGAAAUCCAUGAGACCAAGAAAGGUGUCGUGACCCCGAAAGAACUCUUCACACAAGUGUGUAAAAAAGCUCCACGAUUUAAAGGCUUUCAGCAGCAGGACAGUCAGGAGCUUCUGCGGUACCUUCUGGACGGCAUGAGGGCAGAAGAAGUGAAAAGAGUUAAUUCUGGAAUUCUGGAGGCUUUGAAAAACUCUGGCAAAAGCUUCGAGGCAGAGCAGAUGAAGAAGGUUAUUAAAGAGUACGAGAAAAACGGUGCACCCAAGAACUUUGUGGACCGAGUGUUUGGUGGAGAGAUGAGCAGCACAGUGAUGUGUAAAGAGUGCAGAACUGUGUCUCUGGUGACAGAGAUGUUUCUGGAUCUUUCUCUUCCUGUAGCUGAUGAGGCCUACAGGAAGAAGAAUCAGAAGAAGGCCACCCAGUAUCGCAGCAGCGUCAGUGAGGAUGGAGACCGAGAAAACACAGCAUCUCUGGCCAAUGGGAAUGAAGACAUGCCUACAGGAACAGGAAGCAAGUACCAGCAGAAGAAAGCAAAAAAACAGGCCAAGAAACAAGCCAAGGUAAAGACACACACACUUUGUAAUUACAAUUCCGAUGAUGUGAGAUACAGCUAUGAAACGCUGGUCGCACGAGUGUGCAGAUUAGAAAGUGUUUUGCACGCUCUGAAACUCACCACCUUCUGUCUGGAGACGGACAGAGAACUCAAUCCAUCCCACAAGGCGCGUCUGCAGGAGCGAUUAGCCGCGCUGCAGGAGCAGCAUGAGGAGGAGCAGUGCUCUUCACGGCGGGAGGUGCUGCAGUUACAGGAUGAGCUGCAGCAGGCCUGUGAGCAGAGACAGGAGGCGCAGCGGGAGGUGCUCAGACUCAUGGAGGCGCUGGAGAACAUCACCCCCGCUAAAAUGAAGGAGCAGAUGGCACAGGAGACCGCGGCGCACUUGGAGGCUGAGCAAUCCCACAAUGCAGUGCUGCUGAGAGUGGAGGAGAUGGAGAGAGUGGUAGAGAGGGAGAGAAGACAGGUGGAGGUUCUUCAAGCAGACUCUCACGCCUUACGUACUGACGGACGGGCAAACAGGGAGGAGCUAAAGAAGAGGGCGGAGCGAAUUCUGGGCCUGGAAAGAGAGUGUCAGCAGCUCCGAGAUCAGUCCGGAGUGAAAGAGACUCUGAUAUCACAGCUGACCAAAGAGAUCAAGAGCAUGAAGACAGCUCUGCAGAAACAACAGCAGGAGAACAGCAGACGUAUUAGAGAUGGACGAGACCUCAGAGCAGCUGCAGAUCAAGUCCAGGUGUUGAAUGAAGAGUUAGAGGGUCAGUGUUCAGAGCUGAGCUCUGCUCUUCAUUCAUUAACACUGGAAAACACUCGACUGCAGACAGAAUAUCACAACAAAAUUAAGGCGGAGCGAGAUCGUGUGUCUAAACACCUUCAGGAGCAGGAUCUGCUUUUAGACACAGCCAGGAGGAGCAUCCAGGCUGAACUACAGGGCACCAUAUCAGAGAAACUCACCCUGCAGAAAGAGCUGGAGGCACUGAAGGCAGAUCAUGGCAAACUGCAGCAAAGGUCCACGGUUUCCCAGGAGACAGCUGUCAAUCAUCAGCAGAUGCUGGAACGCACCAUCCAGAGGCUUCAGGGGGAGCUCAGCUGUGCCGUGAAGGAUGGAGCGACCCUGAGAGAAGAGAGAGAUCAGAUAAAGAGUACGAUGAACUCUGCAGUCAUUUUGCUGGAGAAGGAGAAGAACAUUCUGGAAACACAGCUGUCAGAGGUCAAGGUGGAGCUGACCAUGGUGAACUCAGCACUGCGGAAACAGAAGGAGGACAACAAGGAGCUGAUGGAGAGCCUGGCAGCCUUGGAGCAUCAGCAGGUAACUCAUCGUCAGAUUGAACAGAUGCUUUGGGACUCGACAGACAGCAAGAACAAACUGGCCUAUGAGAAGGGCAAGCUACAGGCACGAGUGCAGCAGAUGGCCACUGACCUGAAGACACUGAAAGCAGAAUGUACUCAACACUGUCAGAGCAACACUGCGCUGCAGAACACUUACACACAGAUGCAGAGAGAAAAUCAGACACUAAAAGAGCAACUCUGUGCACUUCAGCAACAGCACAGAGACACGAAUGAAGUAGCACAAACUUUGGAGAACGUCCUGUCGUCUCACACUCAUCUGCAGCAGAACACACAGACACUGCAUGCAGAGCUGAGAGAAAGAGCACAGGAACUACACACACUCGGGAGAGAGAGACUGCAGGCUAUGGAAGAGAUUCAGAGGCUUGAAGCUGAAGUAGAGAAUCACAACGCAAGGAACAAUGAGGAGGUUGAAUCUUUGCAGAAAGCACUUAACGAAGCUCAGCUGGGCAACAGGAAACUUGCCCAGAGUUUAGAGCAGGCCUUACGGGAAAACCACAAUGCUCAGGAGAAACUAAACGCCCUCAGCGAGAGGGAGGUGGAGCUUAAAGAGGCGAGAGCACAGAUCCGUCGAUUGACAGAACAUGUAGAUUCCCUCAAGAACUUGCUCAAAAGAGAAAAAGAUUCUGGGAGGAAGUCGGCACAGAGGCUGAAGAAGGCACUAAAUGAUGCAUCGGCAAAGUCAGGUGACCUCUCACGAGCCAAUCAGGAGCUUCGAGAGAAGGCGUCUGAGCUGGAGAAGUUGGUGUCCAAUCAGAAGUCUCAACUGAGCCAGUAUCUGGACAACAGAACUGCUCUGAAACACUCUUUGAGAAUCAAGGAUUUAGAAGCAGAAAUUGAAAGUCUUCAAGAAGCAAAGGAUGAAUAUAAGAGGAGGAGUUAUGAACAGUCUCAGUCUUUGCUCCAGCUGCGUUCUGAGAUGGUUUCUCUCCAGUCUGAGCUGCAGUGUCUGUAUUCCACUCAGCAGGCGGAGCUACAGGCCGAAAGAGAUCUCAAUCGCACGCUACAGGAGAAAUGUCGGCACCUGGAAGAGAGUUUGAAACGGCUCCAAGAUGAGAGGGAUGAGGCAGAAAUGAGACUCAGGGAAGUUUAUCUGGAGUCACAGCAGAUCACAGAGAACAUGGAUGAGGACCACAGAGGGCUCUGCUCUAAAUCUGAGAGCUUUAAUGGCCAGGCUGAGCCACAGAAACUCACAGAGAGCUUUUGCAAGAUGGGAAAAGACGGCACAUGGUCCACUUCAGCUCAGACUCGUGUUCGCUUUUUUGACCCUGAACUGGAGCCCUGGGCCUCAGCUCUUCAGCGUUGGGAGAUCAAGAAAGAGCUGGGACGCAUCGCUGGCAGUUACACACCCACAGGACAUGUACGUGCGCUGACCACCUGAUAACAGCCUCCACGGAGAAGUGCAUCAAAAACCCUGAGAUCAUGCAUGUAAUCUGCUUGAAAGAAUUGUUUACAGUAGGUGUGUUUGUAUGCAAGUACAUAUCAAACAUAUUUACCAUUAACAUGUAUUUGAUUGCUUGAAACUAAAAAAUGCACUAGCAAAAAUAUGUUAUGUGUGUGUGUUGAAAGACACAGAUGGUCAGCUCAUAAAAUGAAAUGGAAACAGAGCUGCACUUUAUGACCACAUGCGGCUAAUUACUCACAACUUACUCAUGUUAAACAUGUUCUUUCCCUGCAGCCCACAACAAAGUUAUUCAAUUGCAAUAAAACGAGGUCAAACUCCUAUACCUGCUAAAUGAAACCCCAGAAAGUACAAAUAUAACUGCAAGGGAGGUGAGGUCUUGCUGUAAGAAAGGGACAACCUCUAUUUUGUGUGUAUAUUCAGAUAUUGUAUUUAUAUAAUAGUUUUUUUUACUGGUAUAUCAUUUUUUGUCAUGCCAAUAAAGCCACUUGAA